AUGAUGUUUAUAGGAACAAGACAUCAUCAGCAAAGUAUAGAACUGAAGCUAAUUUUGGAUCCACAAGAAUAUGAUUACAUUAUACCAAAUAAGGGAUAUACAGGAUUUUAUUUAAUUGUGAAGAGCGCCAACUGUCAAAGCGAUAACGAAGAAUUAGACAGCGAUCAUAGCAUAAAUGAUCAGUCAGUUAUUGUUGGACCAAAAUUUCAUUCAUUCAUCAAUAUAAAGCAACAAUACCCUGUUGAAAGAAUGGAUCGUUUUGGACUCACUACUAAAGAUACGUGCUCAAAUUUUCACAUACAAUCAGUGGUUCAGUUGGAGAAAUUACCUAUUCAAAUACAUUUACUACAAAAGUUCAAUAUCAACAUGUUAAGACGUAAUGGUACAGCGGUCCACUUAGGUGUUCUAUAUCAACAGAAAGCAUUUCUACAAAUCUACAAUCAUACAGCCUACAAUCUUAUCAAAGAGUUAUCAAAAGAAUUAUACAUGGCCAGGAGAUUAGCUCAAUUCGCUUCAGAAUAUGUCUGGAAAAUGUACAAACAUUUGGAACAUUUCAGCAGAGAAUCGAAUCAAAUGAAACUGCCACACAAUCAGAAUAUUGUCAGCUGUUAUAGACAAGUGUACCAUUUACUAACAUCAGCUGGUAAAGAUUUAUUGUCGUCAAAAAAUGCCUUAUUCAUUACUGAUGAUGAUGAAGAUCAAGAUGGCGGAAACAAUCAAACAUUAGACAGUAUUGAAUUACACUUGAUAAAUAGCUUUUUUGAAACGAAAGUGAUUGUAUCACCAAGUUCUACUUUAUUACGUAAAAUACUUACUGUGAUGAUGAAAUUUCGUUAUCUUCUGUCAGAACUAAGUGGAACGACUCCAAUUUAUCAAAGGAAUACCUCAUUCCUCCUAGCAUCCUCAUCUGCAUCACCAUCUCCGAUGUCUACAUCUUCUUUUGACUCAAUAUCUGAAGCAUCACAAUUAGACACACCAACAUCAGCAACAAACAAUUGUAGUCAUCUGAUUAUGUAUCAUGAAGUACAGAUCGAUAAAAGUGGUGAAGCAGCCAGUGCUGCAUUAGCUCGCCUGGAUCAUGUGAAUAAUGAAUUACAUAAUUUGAUCAGAGAUAAUCAUUUAGCUCGAUUAAUAUUCCCAAGAUCAUCUUAUCCUUAUACAGAAUUAUCUACAUCCAGCAUGGUCAGUGUGACUGUACGACUAACGAGUUGGGAGGUCCCACAACUGUAUCAAACUUCAACCUUAUAUGCAAAUAUUUACUUAAAAAAUUUACUACUCACAAUCUUUAUCAGUACGCUUAGUUUGUAUUUAGCAUUAUUUAUUCUAGUAGAACUGUGUACAUUUAAACAAAAUACUUUAACCAAUCAUAUUUCUGUUCAGUGUUGUCGAUUAACCAAUCAAAAGAGAGGACGACUGUAUCAUCAUCAGCAUCAACAUCAUCAGAACCACAAUCAUGGAAUCAGUCAUGAUUCAUGUAUACCACUAACAACUGAUCAAUAUAAUCAAAUCACAUCACUUGACGUAUCACAGCCAAAUAAUUUUCACACAUGUGAUCACGAGUGUCAUAUCUGUAACAAUUAUGAUGAUAGCAGAAAGUAUGGCAGUUAUUAUUUCAAAUGUGAUGAAGACGAAAAUGAUAAAGGCGCCGAUAUUCAUCAGAUAAUUAAUAAUCCAUUCAAACAAUAUACUACUCAUAAACAUGGAUAUAAUAGUAGUGGCUUACACAGCAAUUUACUAGAUAAACCAUUUAGUACACAUCAGAAUAAAGCAGCUACAUUGCAUACAUCAAGUAUAAUGUACAUGUGUAAGGAUUAUUGUCAAACAAAAGCCUACUUAGAUGGCAAUAGUAGUACAGUGGACAGAAAUGUGUCAAUUUUUCCAGGACAUGGACAAAACUCGCCAGUGGAACAUUUAGAAACACCGAAUGAUUUAAAGAUGCCUACAGGAUUUCUUCUUACUCCAGAAGAAAUAACUCCAGUACCGUUGUCAUCAUCAUCAUCAAUGAUCUCCUCUUCUUCCAAGCCGCCUUAUCUUCAUUCAUCACUUAAGUAUCAGUGGAAUUUAGAGAAUCAUAUUCAAUGA